UGGGCUUUUAAUCAUCAUCAGUUUUUAAUUAAUAUAAUGCACAUGUGGCUCUUCAGUCUUCACUAAAGAAAAAUUAAUUAAAUCUUUUCCUAUCUUAUUUCUUUCUUUCUCUUUCAAAACUCAAAGCUCAGCAAGCUAAGGAUUCCUUAGAAUAAUAAGACCAUGAAGAGAGAAGAGAUAGCUGGGGGUGACAUUGGUUUUUACACUUACUUUGUAUGCAGCAUUUAGCCUGUCAGAUAGAAUCAAAAUUUCUUAAUUUAGUACCUAUAGCAACAUAGAAGUCGAGAACCAAGAGACACCAAUGCAAGCAUCCCAGCAACAUAGAAGUUCAGUCAUGGCCAGCAGAUUGUUUCCUCAAGUAAAGGAAGAAGUCGAGCCUUGCAGCUUCCCUCAAUUCCCAGCUAUUGAUCGCUCUUUCUGCUAUAGCGACAGCAGCCACGGAUCCCAUUUCUCAGUCAAGAAUUCCCAUGAGCCUUAUUGCACUUUGGAGUCAUCUUCUGCACGUGGCAGUUAUACGGUCUACAAUUCUUCAUCAAAUGGAAGCCCAAUGUCACAGCAAGAAUCACAGUCUAAUAUGUCUGACCUGCAUCACUCUCCAGAUAAUACCUAUAGCUCUCCUAUUAGCGGUUCCUGCAUAACUGACGAUGUAAGUGAUCUGAAGGGUAAGCUGAGAGAGCUGGAAACUGUGAUGUUGGGGCCUGAUUGUGAUAUUAUCAAUAGCACCAUCUCACCUGAGAUGGACAGCUGGAGACUUGUAACGGAUGCAGUCUCCAGACGAGAUCUAAAACAGGUCCUUGUCUCCUGUGCAAAAGCUGUAUCAGAUAAUGAUCUAUUGACAGCACAGUGGUUAAUGGAUGAAUUACGACGGAUGGUGUCAGUUUCUGGUGAGCCCAUCCAGAGGUUGGGAGCAUACAUGUUGGAAGGGCUUGUGGCACGACUGGCCUCCUCGGGGAGCUCGAUCUACAAGGCUUUGAGAUGCAAAGAACCGGCAAGUGCUGAACUAUUAUCUUACAUGCAUAUUCUUUAUGAGGUUUGCCCUUACUUCAAGUUUGGUUACAUGUCCGCUAAUGGAGCUAUUGCGGAAGCCAUGAAGGAUGAAGAUAGAGUUCAUAUUAUCGAUUUCCAAAUAGGUCAGGGGAGUCAGUGGAUUACUCUUAUUCAAGCAUUUGCGGCUAGGCCUGGUGGGCCGCCUCACAUCCGCAUUACUGGUAUCGAUGAUUCCACAUCUGCUUAUGCCCGCGGAGGAGGCUUAAACAUUGUUGCAAAGAGGCUGUCUAAACUUGCAGCGCUUUUUAAAGUGCCAUUUGAGUUCAAUGCUGCUGCCAUGUCUGGUUGUGAGGUUCAACAAGAGCAUCUUCAAGUUCGACCUGGAGAGGCUCUAGCUGUAAAUUUUGCUUUCAUGCUUCACCACAUGCCUGAUGAGAGUGUGAGCACCGAGAAUCAUCGUGACCGACUCUUGAGGCUGGUUAAGAGUCUGUCUCCAAAGGUUGUAACCCUAGUCGAGCAGGAAUCAAACACAAACACUGCUCCAUUCUUCCCAAGGUUCCGUGAGACGUUGAACUAUUAUACAGCCAUGUUUGAAUCCAUCGAUGUGACUCUCCCACGGGAACAUAAAGAGCGAAUCAAUGUGGAGCAGCAUUGCCUGGCAAGGGAUGUUGUUAACAUCAUAGCAUGUGAGGGGCCGGAGAGAGUGGAACGACAUGAACUCAUGGGAAAGUGGAGGUCAAGGUUCAGAAUGGCGGGGUUCACUCCUUAUCCAUUAAGUUCCUUGGUGAAUGCCACCAUAAAAACACUGCUUGAGAACUACUGUGAUAGAUAUAGGCUUGAAGAGAGAGAUGGAGGUUUAUUUCUUGGUUGGAUGAAUAGGGAUUUGGUCGCUUCUUGUGCAUGGAAGUGAUUUCUUUCUGUAUAACUCUGGCAUUCAGCUAUGCUUGGAUGUCUUUGUCUUAGCUGCCAACAACUUAUUUAAGCGUGCAUUUCUUAUAAAUCAUAAGUUAGCCUGCUUCUCUGCA